AUGGAAGCAAGUAAUACAAGUACUACAGCAAGUACAAAUGGAACAACUUUAGCUCCUUCUCAGUCGAGCAUCAUUAGCAGUUCUCUACCUUCAACUCCCACGCCAACAGUUACUUCCAUGCCUUCGAAUUCUACCACAGGAAGUCUAACAUCAAGUAUAACACCACAUCCCACUAAUUCAACCGUAUCAUCUAAAGGAACAUCUUCGGCAGUUUUGGCAUCCACUACACUUAGUGUACCUAAUUCAUCAUAUGUAUCACCUAAUAUUACUUCACAAUCUCCAGGUAUUUCAGCAUCUUCAUCUUUUUCACCAACUACAUCUAUUACACCAUCUCAGACUGCUUUGACACAAACAUUUACGCCAUCUGUAACAAAUGGUAUCGCACCUACUAGUCAAACGCAGAUAACUACACCUGCAACCGCAACUUCAUCCCAUGCAGCAAAUGUUUCAAGUGUCUCGAGAGAUAAUGUGACAGGCGUCAAUAGUAGCAGUGCAAGCACAAUGGCUCCUAGUUCAGGUCAAGGAGCAAGUUCAUCAUCUAAUCAACUAACUCCAUCCACUUCUGCAUCUCCCAUAGCUCUCGUAACAUCUUCACCUGCAUCCAUAUUUCAAGCUGCUAUAGGCACAUCAGCCCUUUCUUUUUUUACUAUUUCUCCUCUUAUAGUUAUUAUUUUAAUAAUAAUUUAUUUUUACUAUAAAGUAAGUUCACAUUUAUAUGUAUAUAAUAUUUAA